AGAGAGAGAGAGAGAGAGAGAGAGAGAGAGAAGCCUAGAGCAGACAGGGCUCCAGCAGUUGGUCGGUAUGUAGCAGCAGAGCUGACCGUCUGCCCGGGAUUACAAAGAGGAAAAACGCGCCUUGGAUAGAAAAUAUCACCAGCAGGAUUAAAAAUAAAACCACCCGAGGAUGAGACACAUACCGUCCGACUAAAGGAGACUGAAAACACGCCGAUAUUUCGCUGAUUUAACACCGUUUUUAACGAAAAUGGCGAACGAGUCCCCGGCCAAAAGUCUGGUGGAUAUAGACCUGGCAUCUCUGAGGGAUCCUGCUGGGAUUUUCGAGUUGGUGGAAGUGGUCGGAAAUGGCACCUAUGGACAAGUCUACAAGGGCCGACAUGUCAAGACGGGACAACUGGCGGCCAUCAAGGUUAUGGACGUCACUGAGGAUGAAGAGGAGGAAAUUAAGCUGGAAAUCAACAUGCUGAAGAAGUACUCCCAUCACAGAAACAUAGCCACCUAUUAUGGAGCAUUCAUCAAGAAAAGUCCUCCAGGCCAUGACGACCAGCUAUGGCUGGUGAUGGAGUUCUGCGGUGCCGGUUCCAUCACGGAUCUGGUGAAAAACACCAAAGGCAACACACUGAAGGAGGACUGGAUCGCCUACAUCUCCCGAGAGAUCCUCCGGGGAUUAGCUCACCUGCAUGCUCAUCAUGUCAUUCACCGUGACAUCAAGGGACAAAACGUGCUGUUGACUGAAAACGCUGAAGUCAAACUGGUGGACUUUGGUGUGAGUGCUCAGCUGGACCGGACGGUAGGUCGAAGGAACACCUUCAUCGGGACGCCAUAUUGGAUGGCUCCAGAGGUCAUCGCUUGUGAUGAAAACCCAGAUGCUACCUACGACUACAGGAGUGACCUGUGGUCCUGUGGAAUCACGGCUAUAGAGAUGGCUGAGGGAGCUCCCCCUCUGUGUGACAUGCAUCCAAUGAGAGCUCUCUUCCUCAUUCCCAGGAACCCUCCUCCUCGACUCAAGUCGAAAAAAUGGUCGAAGAAGUUCUUCAGCUUCAUUGAGGGCUGCCUGGUGAAGAACUACACUCAGCGUCCUCCCACUGAGCAGCUGCUCAAACACCCCUUCAUUCGGGACCAGCCCAACGAGAGGCAGGUCCGCAUCCAGCUCAAAGACCACAUCGACCGGACCAAGAAGAAGAGGGGAGAGAAGGAUGAGACGGAGUAUGAAUACAGCGGCAGUGAAGAAGAGGAGGAAGAGGCAUCUGAGCAAGAAGGAGAGCCAAGCUCCAUAGUCAACGUGCCAGGCGAGUCGACUUUGCGCCGCGACUUCAUCCGGCUGCAGCAGGAGAACAAGGAGCGCUCGGAGGCGUUGCGCCGCCAGCAGCUCCUCCAGGAGCAGCAGCUCCGCGAGCAGGAGGAGUACAAGCGCCAGCUACUGGCCGAGAGGCAGAAACGUAUCGAGCAGCAGAAGGAGCAGAGGAGACGGCUGGAGGAGCAACAACGGCGUGAGCGCGAGAUGAGGAGGCAGCAGGAGCGCGAGCAGCGCCGACGUGAACAAGAGGAGAAGCGGCGCGUCGAGGAGAUGGAGCGACGCCGCAAAGAGGAGGAAGAGCGCAGGAGGGCCGAGGAGGAGAAGAGGAGGGCCGACCGAGAACAGGAGUACAUCCGCCGCCAGUUGGAGGAGGAGCAGAGGCACCUGGAGAUCCUGCAGCAGCAGCUGCUCCAUGAACAGGCCAUGCUGCUGGAGUAUAAAUGGCGGGAGCUUGAGGAGCAGCGCCAAGCCCAGAAGCUCCAGAGACAGCUGCAGCAGGAGCAGGCCUACCUGCUGUCCCUCCAACAAAACCAGAACCUGGAUAGUAACAAAACAGCCCAGCAACAGAGCACCAAACCCCCACAGAGCGUUGAACAGGACAGGAUAAAGCCCCUGCAGAGCCCUGAGCCGGAUACAACAGAACAGAGUACUGACUCUGAAAAGACAAGUCAAAAUCACAGUCUGGAGAAAACUACAGAACCCAAGCUACCUGUCGCUGACCUGCAAGGCCCCACCCCUGACUCUGAGCCAAUCAGAGAGGCUGAUGAGCGAUACCGGAAGAACAUCCAGGGUUCUCCUCAGGCAGCUCAGACCAAACCACAGCAGCCUCCAGUGCCACCGCGCUCCGAGUCUUCCUACCCCAAUGGGAACUCGGCAUCUGAGGCACCCGCCAUGCACCCGCCUGUCAUGCACCCGCCUGCCAUGCAUCGGCCUGUGGAACCACAGGUCCGUUCCCAUCUGGCUGCUUUAAAGAGCAGUGGCAGCGUGGCAGCGUCAAACUCCUCCGCUACCACCCUGCCUGCUGUGUCGCGGUCACACUCCUUCACUGAGCCGCUCGCCCCUAGCUUUGAAAAUCUUCACCUUCGCAACAGCCAGGAACACCCUCACUCUCCAUCUUCAUCACCAUCCUCCUCAUCAUCAACACCUGCACGCACUGACCCACAACCCCACUCCCAGCAUAGGCCAUCACCCCGUGAACCGGCCCCUUCAGAGGAGGUCCCGCCCAGGGUUCCUGUAAGGACUACAUCAAGGUCCCCGGUGUUGUCAAGGCGAGACUCGCCUCAUCACCAUGGCAACGCCUCACACGGCAGCCAUGCUGUGCACCGCCCCUCUGCCAGCGCGGCGGAGCCUCGGCUGCUGUGGGAGCGAGUGGAGAAACUGGUUCCUAGACCAACCAGUAACAGUGGCAGCGGAGGCUCCAGUUCCUCCAGCAGCUCCAGUAACUCAAGCUCUAAGCCUGGUUCUCACUGCGGCUCUGGAGAAAGAUUCAGGGCCCGCUCCUCCUCCAAAUCAGAGGGUUCUCCCCUCCAACGGCCAGAGAAUGCUGGGAAAAAACCAGAGGAGAGGAAGGACUUGGUCAGGCCAAACAGACCAGCGGACCUGACGGCUCUGGCCAAAGAGCUACGUGCAGUGGAUGACGUUCGCCCCCCAAAUAAGGUGACAGAUUAUUCAUCCUCCAGUGGUGAAGAUUCAGACACCACUGAUGAAGAUGACGAUGAAGAGGUAGACCAGGAGGCAGGCGAAGAGUCAACCUCUGGCCCGGAGGACUCCAAAGCUGUUUCUUCUAGGCUGAGUAAUGGUGAAACAGAGUCAGUGAAAACCAUGAUCGUUCAUGAUGAAGGCGAGAGCGAUGCAGGCUCAACGCCUUGCAAAGACAGCACGCUGAUCGUCAGACAGAGUAGCCACUGUAGUUUGCCCUUUGCUCUAGCUAACACCUUCCCUUCCCCUGAACUCAUCAAGAACACAUCUAGACCCACAGUCGUCUACCCCUCUUUCUACUUCCAGAGUGCAGGUGACAACAGAAAGCGUCCGAGCCCUGGCCCGGGCCAAGCUCAAACCCCCGGGCUGCUUGCAGGCUUUGUCCCAAGUCCUGGCUCGGUAUCGGGCCCAGGCCUUGGCCACCACACCCCCAGCCCCCAUCAUCAUCAUCACCACCACCACCAUCACCCACCACAGCACUCGGACAGGAAUGGCUUUGCUGGACGCAUCCACCACCUCCCAGACCUGAUCCAGCAGAGCCACCAUUCCUCCCCCUCCUCCUCUGCAUCCAACUCCCCUUCCUCUUCCAGCCUUGCCAGCCCCUCCACCAUGUCCCCUCAGAGUCCCCUGGACAAGCUCAGCAUCCUCAUAGAGAGCCAGUCUAGUAACAACAUGCAGAAACACAAGUCUUCCUCCUCCUUCACUCCGUUCAUCGACCCACGCCUCCUUCAAGUCUCUCCAUCCACCGGCAGCGCCCUUAACAACAUUGCCCUUCCCUUUGACCUUUUAGGCUACGGGAACGACGCCCGGCUAGCAGAGGCGUUGAGGGCCGACCCAUCUCGGAAAGGCUCCGUGGUCAACGUUAACCCGGUCAACACUCGUCCGCAGAGCGACACGCCAGAGAUCCGCAAAUACAAGAAGAGGUUCAACUCUGAGAUCCUGUGUGCUGCACUAUGGGGAGUAAACCUGUUGGUGGGGACAGAGAGUGGUCUGAUGCUGUUGGAUCGCAGCGGUCAGGGGAAAGUCUACCCUCUGAUCAACCGACGGCGCUUUCAGCAGAUGGACGUCCUGGAGGGACUCAAUGUCCUGGUCACUAUAUCAGGUAAGAAGAACAAGCUCCGUGUGUACUACCUGUCCUGGCUGAGGAACAAGAUCCUGCACAAUGACCCUGAGGUGGAGAAGAAACAGGGUUGGACCACCGUAGGAGACCUGGAGGGCUGUGUCCACUACAAUGUUGUGAAAUAUGAGAGGAUCAAAUUCUUAGUUCUGGCUUUGAAGAACUCAGUGGAGGUCUAUGCCUGGGCACCCAAGCCUUACCACAAGUUCAUGGCCUUCAAGUCUUUCGGUGACCUGGUGCACAAGCCCCUGCUGGUGGACCUGACUGUGGAGGAGGGUCAGAGGUUAAAGGUUAUCUACGGCUCAUCUUCAGGCUUCCACGCGGUGGAUGUCGACUCUGGGGCUGUCUAUGACAUCUACCUGCCUACACACAUCCAGACCAGUAUUCAGUCUCACGCCAUCAUCAUCUUGCCCAACACUGACGGCAUCGAGCUGCUGGUGUGCUACGAGGACGAGGGUGUUUACGUGAACACCUAUGGACGCAUCACCAAGGAUGUAGUGCUGCAGUGGGGGGAGAUGCCAACCUCAGUGGCAUACAUUCGUUCCAACCAGAUCAUGGGUUGGGGAGAGAAGGCCAUAGAGAUCCGCUCAGUGGAGACUGGCCAUCUGGACGGCGUAUUCAUGCACAAGAGAGCCCAGAGACUCAAGUUCCUCUGUGAAAGAAAUGACAAGGUGUUCUUCGCCUCCGUUCGGUCUGGAGGCUCCAGCCAGGUCUACUUUAUGACUCUGGGCCGAAGCAACCUGCUCAGCUGGUAGAGGUCCACACCCUGCCCUCUUCCUUCUCCUCAUUGUCCUCCACCCUCGCUAACACUGGAUCUCAGAACCCACCGUCGAUGUCUUGUCAGCCCUCGGACAACCAAAAGAGAACAAAAUCAACAACGAACCAGCCCUCUGAAGCAGUCAACAGCAAUGACUUCACCUUUCUUCUGGAGCUGCAGCCUUGCUGCAUCAGUGCUCCGGGGCCACCUGUGACGCAGCGACAACCGGUCAAGUCACGCAGUCAUCGCCCCCUGAAAUGCCCGAAGUGAUGACAUCAAUGAUGAAUUAAUAUAUGAAAGAAAGUAAAACAUAAAUUAAAUGUGAAUUUAGGUAAAGGGGGCAAAUUACUUUUUGCUUCCCUCUCCGUUUUCUUGGUGCUUAUCAGAUUGCGAUAAGAUAGAUUUUUUUUUUUUUCUUCUUUUUUACUUCUGCAGCAUUUCCAUGCUCCUGGGCAGGUCAGUAAGCGUAAGGUCUUCUAACUACUAGUACUGCUACCACUAUUAUUACUACUGCUACUACCUUCUGCAGGUCUGCCUCUUGUAAGAGAGUUCACCCUCUGCCCCAUGUUCCUGCCCUCCGCCCUUUCUUAUGAGCGCUUUAUGGGGCCGGUGGAGUGGGAGUCUGUUGUAUUAAUGCUACAGUAGUGUGUGUAAAUGUACUUCUGUUUGGUCCAAUUACUGCUGACAUGCUGGAUAGAGGUUGAGACUGUCAGCCAGGGGGAAAUUGUAAAAUAAAAAAACACCCGGAGCCAGUUGGACUUGUCAUGGUGACAAGCGGGGGAAAGAGGCCUAAUAGUUUGAGGUUCUACUUUAAGUCUGAUCGAUGGGACUCGACAGGUGGGUGUGUGUGUGUGUCGUUGAAGUAUUGUGUUGUUUGGACAUGUGCUUUAAAAAAAAAAAGAGGAUUAUAGAAAGACGCUGAAGCAGAUGGAUCUCAGAAUAGUAUUUUUUGAAUUAUUACUAUUAUUAUUCCUUGAAGAUAAGUGUAACUAUGUGGAGUAAAACAUGUCUUUUACCUUGUUUUUUAAGAUUUACGCACAUCCACCCACAGUUUGCUUGCUUUUACUCUGAACCCACAGAAGUGCAAGGUGUGUUUGUCUAAGAAAAAUGUGACGUGGGUGUGGUCCAAAAAAAUAAAAGGUGUCUAUGUACAAUAAAAAAGUUCACUGAAUCUUCCAGAUAGUGUCAGGGGUCAUGUUUUUCCCCCACCCGUUCAAACAUGACCACCUAAACACAUCUCGGGUAGGGAGGUCAGCCAAUGUCUCUCAACUGGAGAAACUUGAACUGCUGUGAAUACUUGGAUAUAAAAUAAGAAAGAAUAUGAUAAUGAAGCGAUAUGGUAGAGAAGAAAGUUCAGUAUGUGUGUGUGCGCGCGGUCGGAGAGUUCAGUGUCAUCGACAAAUUGGAUUUUCGUGGCAGAGAGAUAAACGCAUGGUCAGCAGGUUUGGUUCAGCAGAGGAUUUUUUUCUGGAAGGCGUUUUUCUAUCUUCCAUUUC